CAACCUGAAAACUCGAAUAUUUCAAAACAAAAUUUAACAAAAUAUGUUUCUAACAUAUCAUUUAACAUUGAAAUUCAUAUAGUAUUCUUAUAACAAUAUAAAAUAGUAAUUUCCUCAAAAAUGGCACUAAGUCAGGGUAAGUAUAGACCCACUAUAUCCGCCAUUGAUGAGGUGGAUGAUCGAAAUCUGAAAAGUGACGAGUUACAAAAACAACAAAUCGAAGGGAGCGAAACUGCUCCAUUGACAAUAAAUCAACAAAAAUUUAAUAUUGACAAUAAUUUAUCGCGAAAAGAUCUAGAAGCACAAAAUGAUGGCGUCGGUGGGGGUAGUGAUAGUAGCACUCAAGCUGAAACCGCGAACCUAAGUGGUAAUGCCAGCACAAACAGACUGAGAGACUUUUUGCUUUCAGGACGUUUAUCAGUUGAUGCGUUAAUGAGAUUAUCGCGUAAACGUCGUAUUUUAUAUAUAACGACUGCCUGCUUUUGUGCCUUACUUAUAGUGAUUAUAAUCGUAUUGAUAGCUUCCUGGCCAGAAGUGCCGUUCUAUUUCAAAGCGAAAGUCUGUUUGGAAAAAGAGUGUGUAGAAGCCAGUCAACAAAUUUUGCUUUGGGCUAACACCAGUAAGAGUUCCUGUCGAGAUACAUAUGAGUGGGCGUGUGGUAAUUUUGCGCAUGAGUACGCGGCUAACGAUUAUUUUGUUAUUAAGCGCGGUGAAUGGAAUUAUAAAACUUAUAAUGAGUAUGAAGAAUUGAAUGAAUUAAACCGUUUCAUAUCAAUGUUGCCAUCAUUUGACGGUUCAUCUACUGUGGAGUCUAUGAUUUCGAGUUUGUAUCGAACGUGCCGUGAAAUAGAUACAUUAGAUAAGAGCCAGUCGAGUUUGUUAUUAAAACAAGCCAUUAAGUCAGUUGAUGGUUGGCUAACAUUUCGCGAUUCGAAUCGUCUAGUUCAGAGCUGGGAGUAUCGAAAGGCUCUAGUGCAUUUACAGACAAUUUACGGCAUAUUUCCGUAUUAUAAAAUCAGUAUAGAAAAUCGGUUUAAAGAACCUCGAGAUUAUAUUAUUGUUCUGGAUGAAGGUGAACUGGGCUUGCCUGACAAAUAUUUUUAUAAUAUUGAUCAAAAUGAUGAGAUCAUACGUGCAUACAUUCUGCUCAUUCGUGACUUUGCAAUUAAUAUGGGCGUUGUUACACGUGAAGCGGAACAAUUUGCUGAUAACGUCUUUCAUUAUGAGAAACGCAUCGUUAGCCAUAUCGAUUCACAUGAAUCAGCUGAAAGUUCGGAUAGAUAUAAUCAAAUAACAACUUUAAAAUCUUUAAGGACGACAGCGCCUUCUUUACCAAUUUUGGAGACUUUACAAACUUUAUUUCCACGCACAAAAAUUACUGAAGAUACAGAAGUGUUAGUUCGCGAUAUUGAAGUGUUUCGUAAACUAUCGGUUGUGGUCUCAACGACAGAUAAAAUAGCUAUCAAUAACUUCAUCAUCUGGUCUUUGGCUCGUCAUUAUUUACCUUAUUUAUCAAAAGAAUAUCGUAAUUUAAUUGAGACAUUUAAUCAUGCUGUUUACGGGCGCACUGCAACCUAUCCACGUUGGAUGUUUUGUACGAAAAUUGUUAGAGAUUGGCUACCGCUUGUUAUUGAUGGUUUACAACAAAAACAAACUUUAAGUAAAUCCUCACAAUCCUUUGACGAUGAAGUUAAACGUUCGUAUCUAAAAAGCAAUAAUAUUCUAAGCAAAACAGCAGGCAACGAUCAAUUUUUGAGUUUAAUGUUUUAUACGCUAAUAAAUCAAUUAAAAGCUUCAAUUGAUAAUGCCAAUUGGAUUAAUGAUUCACUGAAAACGUAUAUAAACGAGAAGUUAACUGCUAUGCGUUUACAAAUUGGUAUACCUGAAGAGGCUUUAAGUAACAUAAGUUACAUCAAAAAUUAUUACGAUCAGUUGCUGUUAAAUGAUAAUUAUUUUGUUGAGCACCUUAUGUCCAUUUGGACUUUCCGUAAAGCACGUAUGGAACAGAAGCUUAAAGACGAUUUAAAUAUUGUUGAUACCAUUAUUGCUGAAAUGUAUACGCAUAAGGAACCCAAAACUAUUGCUUAUUCCAACAAACUGAAUAUGUUGAUAAUAUCACGUUCUAUAGCUCUGUCGAAUUACUAUGAUUAUAGAUUUCCGAUACCUAUUAACUUUGCACGUAUUGGUUCCGAUAUACUUGAAGUAUUAAUAGACAUUUUGCCCAUAUUUGUGGAACAGUUCAGAGAGAAUGAAGAUUAUUUUACUAUUGAAAAUUCAUCUGAAAAAAUUGAUAUUGGUAAAGUCGAUAUUGAUUGCCUCACUGCUGCUGAGGAAACGCAAGAAGAUUUUGAGAAAUUAUCUAAAACUACAAUGAAUAGUUUUCAUAAUACAUUAAGUGCAGCUAAAAUAAGUGCUAGAGCACUUAGUACAUUUAUUGAAGCUAUUGAUGCAUCAAAUCCUAUAAUGGGUGCAUCAAUUGAACCAAAAGUAACAUAUGAGAAUUUACGUUUAACACAGCGUCACCGUUUGCCGGGUUUACGUGCGCUGAAUGACAAUGAGUUAUAUACACUAGCUUACAUGCAAAAGCACUGUAGUAUUUUAAUUGCUGACAAAGACUAUGCACGUAUUAAGCCACAUGUGGAACAAACACUGGCAGAGCGACAUUUAUUUAAUGCAACAUGGAAUCAUAUACAAUUCUUAUCACGCUCUUGGAGCUGUCCAACACCAAAAGCAACUUGCCGUAAUAUACUUUAAACUUGCAAUAAAUAUAAGUUUUAUUUUAUAAUAAAAUUAUAUUAUAAAUUAUUAAAUCCUUAUAAGCAUAUUAGGCUUGAAAUAUAAAUGCAAAUGGAUAUGUGAAAGUAUAUGUAAGUUUACAUAACUGCAAAGUUAGACUUAGUUGAAAUUCUUAUU